GACACCUGACAUCAUCUGAUCCUUCUUGGGUCGAGCGAAUCCAGAUGUAGCCGAAUCCCCCUGUAACUUUGAGCUACCGUCGUACUUCCUCAAAUUCCAAGCUAUAUAAAAAACUCACAUAGUGACCUACUUCAGAGCUUAAAGAAGUCCUCCGAAGACUUUGCCCAACUCCUCUCCAAAUACAAAGGCCUAUUUUCCAAGAAUGCUGCUGUGUGGUUGCGUGCUGCUGCUUUUGGGUUCAACCCUGGCCCAUCCACUGGAUGAGGUAUCCCUGGAUACUGAAUGGGAGAACUGGAAGACCACCCACAACAAAGAGUACAAUGGCCUGGAUGAGGAAGGGAUCCGGAGAGCCAUCUGGGAGAAGAAUAUGCGCAUGAUUGAGGCCCACAACCAGGAAGCAGCCCUUGGCAUGCAUUCCUAUGAACUGGGAAUGAAUAACUUGGGAGACAUGACAUCUGAAGAGGUGACUGAGAAGAUGAUGGGUCUCCAGGUACCUUUGAAUCGGGACCGAGGCAACACUUUUGUUCCUGACAACACCGUGGAAAGGCUCCCCAAGUCCAUUGACUACCGCAAGAAAGGCAUGGUGACCCCUGUCAAAAACCAGGGUUCGUGUGGAUCCUGCUGGGCCUUCAGCUCUGCGGGGGCCCUGGAGGGUCAGCUGAUGAAGACCACAGGGAAACUGGUGGACCUCAGCCCACAGAACCUGGUGGACUGUGUCACUGAAAACAACGGCUGCGGGGGAGGCUACAUGACCAAUGCGUUCAACUACGUCAAGGAUAACCAAGGCAUCGACUCAGAGGCUGCCUACCCAUACGUUGGCCAGGAUGAGUCAUGUGCUUACAACGUGUCUGGCAUGACUGCCUCAUGCCGCGGGUACAAGGAGAUCCCAGAGGAAGAUGAGAGAGCACUGACUGUAGCUGUGGCUAAAGUAGGCCCUGUGUCUGUGGGCAUUGAUGCCACCCUCUCCACUUUCCAGUUCUACCAGAAAGGUGUGUACUAUGACCGCAACUGUAACAAGGAUGACAUCAAUCAUGCCGUGCUUGCGGUCGGCUAUGGGGUCACCCCCAAGGGCAAGAAAUACUGGAUUGUCAAGAACAGCUGGAGUGAGAGCUGGGGUAACAAAGGCUACAUCCUCAUGGCACGAAACCGUGGCAAUCUCUGUGGCAUCGCCAACCUUGCCAGUUACCCUAUCAUGUGAUCCACUGUGUUGCUCAGAGCAAGAAGUGAUAGAGUUAAACAAAAGUCCUGGAACAACACAUUCAUCACACUCUAAAUUUGGUGUAGCUUUAUGAACCAUCGUAAACCGUUAUAAAGCCUAUUAAGGUUCUUGACAAAUCAUUGAGGGUGAAAUCAUGUGAAACUUGAUAAAAGUUGAUAUAUUGUAUCUUAUAAAAGGUUAAGGGUUUCAAUACGUCUUGGUCAGAAGUGCCUAACUUGGUUAGUAGUAUGAUUGUCUAAGGUUACGUGACAGUUCAUAUGCAAGCACUUUAAAAACACUAUCUCAUUAAUGAUUUUGAAUUCAGACAGACUUGUUCAAUGGUGGUACAACUAUGAUUGUGAUAAGGUAUGUGUAGCCUAGCAAACACAGCUCUUUACAUAGGUUGUGUUCAGUAUAUCAGAUACCAUUGCUGUGCAAUGGGAAUUUUGUCUCACAUUCAUGUUAGUGUAGCGGGAUUGUGUGGGUAAUUGUUAGCAUCUUGAUGGUGUUGAUAUUUUUAUUUUUUUCUGCAUUUUUUCACCAAAUUCUGAUUAUUGAAUAUAAAUGUUAUUAAAAAAUUACAGUAAAAUUUUCA